ACUUUAUUAUUAAAAAUAAAGGAUUUAAGUGACGAGAUCUCGGGAAAUGUUCAAGAGUCGCCGCGAAUUAAGCAAUUUCAUGAAAAACUCAAAUUACAACCAAUACCAAAAAUAAAACAGCGGGAACGAUUUGUCGAUUUAGUAUUAGUGGAAACUGAUCCCAGAACUGGAGAAUUAAUAACAAAUAGCGAGAAGAAUCCUACUAAAUGGGGAGAUUGGCAGCACGGUGGCAGAGUCAGCGAUUUUUGAAAUAUAUAACGAUAUAUAUUCGAAGGACUGGAAAAAGGAAUUCUCUUAUUAUAUAUAAUAUGAUCAAUUUAUCUUUGCAAUUACUUUAUAAAAGAUAAAUCAGAUUCAAUUUUUUGGUAGCCAAGCAAGUAAAGCAACAUAAAUUGUUUCUCAAUGUAAGAAAACUUAAAAUUGAAAACGUAUGUUCUGCGCAUAUAAGAA